ACCUGCGGGCUGAGGGCUUGGCCGGGGCCAGGCUGGGCCGGUGCAGCAGGAGGGGGCUCUGGCCAGCGGAGCCAUGGCGGAGGCCGAGGAGAUCCUGCUGCAGCUGCAGAAGGACAACAGGGACGGGCGGCUGCGGAAGCAGGAGCUGGAGGAGCUCAUGAGGAUCCUGGAGACCGAGAGCGACAGCCUCGUCCUGACCCUGAGGAGCCUCAGGGAGCGCGAGCGCAGCCUCCAGCGGAGGCUGAACCAGGCAGCCGGGGCCCUGCGCGGGGAGGCCGAGGAGGUGGUCAAGAGCCGAGCGGCCCAUACCCUGGAGCUCAUCGCCGACGCUGCGGAGCAGAAGCUGAUCUUGGAGAGGAACAACCAGCUGCUUCAAGAAGAAUGGGAAGAACUUUCCAGCCAGGUACGGGGGGGCCCCGGGCGCCGGCAGGCGGGGAAGGGGGUGACCCGGCCCUCCUCCUGUGCACAGAAACAGCUCGAGCUCAUGGAGUCCAGGUCCGCCCUGCAGGCUGAGGGCAUCCAGAAGGGCAUCAUGCAGAAGGAGGAGGCGUGGUCCAGCUUCCAGGAGCAGAGCGGGGUCCUCCAGGAGCUCCAGACCAAGGUGAUGGAGGUGGCUUCCGUGCUGGACACGCCUCGAGAAGGGAUGGAGCUGAAGGCCGGCCAGGUGUCCCCCACGGCCAAAACCCCCGGCUCGCUCAUGGAGGAGGUGGCCGAAGCCAACUUCGUGAGCGGGGAGGGAGGGAGGCUGGGGGCGGGGACUGCGGAGGCCAGAGCCGCCCUGUGCCCCCCAGGCUGCUGGUCGGGGGCGGCUCCCCGCCUGGGCCUGGGCCCCCCCCAGAAAUUCCCCAAGGGCUCCCGGGAGGGCCCCUGUCCCGGGGCAUUCCGGUCGAACCCCUUUCCCCUCUAG